GUAUCAUGUAUGCCCGCGUGUAUGUUGCAAUUUGUGUAUAUUGACUUGACGUUAGUCUCGCGGCUAGCCGGACUAGCCUAGAUUAUAAAUAGGCCAAUUGAUAACACCGUAUUAGUUUGCAUAUGAAUUAACCACUGGCAUUGCCACACAUCUUUAACUGCGGAGUUUCCUGGUCAAGCCUUGUCCCUUGACUCAAGCAUGGCUUCCACGUCACCGAAGACGACUACAGCGAUCCUGCAGAGACUGCGCUUUUUCAUGCGCAACUCGGAGGUGGUGAAGCAGCCGCUGCAGGCUUACAUCGUGCCGUCGGGCGACGCGCACCAGUCGGAGUACAUUGCGCCGUGUGAUUGCCGUCGGCAGUAUGUGUCAGGCUUCACGGGAUCCGCCGGCACGGCUAUAGUAACAGAACAGUGUGCUGCCCUGUGGACUGACGGACGAUACCACCUACAGGCAGAAGAGCAACUGGACAGCAAUUGGACGCUAAUGAAAGAAGGCGUGGCUGCUACUCCGACGCAGGCCGACUGGUUGUCGAAGUCUCUGCCAGAAGGGGCUCGGAUAGGAGUCGAUCCAUUUCUCCUCUCUGUCGACGUGUGGCGCCCUCUGUCGGAGAAGCUGAAGCAGAGCGGGCGCGAGCUGGUGCCGAUAAAUCAAAACCUCAUCGACCUGGUGUGGGACGAUCGCCCGGCAUCGCCUAGCAACCACAUCGACAUACAGCCACUACAGUUUGCAGGCAAAACAUGGCAGGACAAGAUACACGAGGUUAGAGGAAAGAUGAACGAUAAGGACGCGUCGGUGUUGGUUGUGACUGCUCUUGAUGAAUUAGCGUGGCUUUUCAAUAUGAGGGGUUCUGAUAUUGAAUACAAUCCUGUAUUUUUUGCUUAUGCAUUAAUCGGAAUGGAUAGAGUCAGCAUCUACGUCGACGAGGCCAAGGUCACGCCGGAGAUUCACGCGCACCUGACGAGCGAUGAGCAUAUCAAGGUCACGCUGCACGCGUACGCCGACCUCUGCGACGACCUCUGCCGCCUCGAACCGCACGUGAGCGGCAGGGUGUGGAUCCCCGACCAGUCGAGUCACGGCCUCGCGCGUCUCGUGCCUGAGCGCCGGCGGAUCUCGGAUCCAUCGCCGAUCGCCCUGAUGAAGGCACUGAAGAACGCUGCGGAGAUCGCUGGCAUGCAGAACGCACACGUGAAGGAUGCGGUGGCCCUCUGCGAACUGUUUGCCUGGCUGGAGAAGGAAGUGCCAAAAGGAGGGAUGACAGAGCUGAAAGCUUCGGCCAAGGCCGAGCAGUUCAGAAGCCAGCAGGCGGACUUUGUCAGCCUCAGCUUCGGAACGAUUAGCAGCUCGGGACCUAAUGGCGCCAUCAUCCACUACCAGCCGACGGAGGCGUCUAACAGACCUGUCACCAUGCAAGAGUUAUACCUGCUGGACUCGGGAGCGCAGUACAGAGAUGGAACGACAGACGUUACGCGCACCAUGCACUUUGGCGAGCCAUCACAGCUGGAGAUGGAAUGCUAUACAAGAGUAUUGAAAGGACACAUUGCUCUUGAUUCCCUAAUCUUUCCUUCUGGAACCAAAGGUCAUGUGAUCGACUGUAACGCGCGGAAGGCAUUGUGGGACGUGGGGUUGGACUACAUGCACGGCACCGGACAUGGAGUCGGUGCAUUCCUCAACGUUCACGAAGGCCCGCAGUACAUUAGCUUCAGGACUCGGCCGACGGAGGUGGGACUGGAAGAGCACAUGGUGGUGACCAUAGAACCGGGUUACUACGAAGAUGGGCUGUUUGGCUGCCGGAUCGAGAACGUGUGCCUCGUUGUGAUAGCAGAGACAGCGCAUCGUUUCCACGGCAAGGACUUCCUCACCUACGAACCGAUCACGCUGGUGCCAAUACAGACGAAGCUGAUCGAUAGAACCAUCUUCACGCAGCAGGAGAUGGCCUGGUUGAACCGCUACCACGCGCGCUGCAGGGAGGUGGUGGCGCCCGUGUUGAAGCAGCAGGGCCGCACCGAGGCGCUACAGUGGCUCCUCCGCGAGACCGAGCACAUCGAGUGAGAGUGCACCACCGUCGGGCAGCGGCGGUGAACGGGUGACGGGCGUUGCGGGUCGAAUAGUGAAUUCCGAUAUUUUUUGUGAGAUGAUUUAUACUGUGUGUUGCGGAUAACGCGUUUCUGAGCUCUCCGCGCGUCAAUUUGUUGGCAGUCGGCCAAAAUGUUGAGCUUAGAAACUCGUUCUGAUUGCCUUCUGCACCUCGCUGACUUGAUCAUGUGCUUGCGAGGUUAGGACGUGGAUUUACAUACCGAUGAUAUUGCUUAUAAAGUCACAUAUAUUAUACACGAGACAUGGUUUCGAUGCUACUAGUCUGGUGCAAGGAUAUGAGCCGUUGAUAUGAUGAUUUCCUAAUAAAAAUGGAUAAUUUGUUGCGCAAUAAA